UUGGUUUUUGUUUAGAUCGCAUAAUUACUUCCCUUGAAAGAUGGAAAAGAUCAGAAAAUUUUGCUGGGAUCUCCCAGAAAUUAUUUUAGCUCGCUUCCCAUUUAUUAGUGCAUUUACAUUAUUAAUGAUAUUAGCUGAAAGAGACGAAAAAUAUCCUCCAAUACCACCAAGAUUGAUUUACAGCCACAUAGCUAUCUUCCUAGCAGUUGGAUUCCUCAUGUCAGCAAGGGUGAAGAGAAAAGAAUUGUCAUUGGUUUAUGCUGGUCAGCUGUUAUAUUUUGCUUAUAAUACAUAUACAAAUGAAAAUCUACGAUAUACUGAACCACAAAGGAUAAGAAUGUCAGUAAGAUUGAUUGGUUGUGCUGGUAUAUUUGUAUUAUUCUCAUAUUUCCAAGAGCAAGUCAAAUCCAGACAACUUAGAAAACUUGGAGAAACAUUAGUUGGAAUAUUUCUAAUAGCUUAUGUAUAUAUAAUCAAUAAGACUUAUGAAGAUAAGCGAGCCUUCCUAAUGCACAUCCCUGGUGGGGAUUGGAGUAGAUAUUUCAUUACUUUAGUUUUAGCUUGUGGUGCUAUAAGUUUCUUCUCAGGAUAUUUUUUACGAGAUGUGGCUAUUUCAUUAGCAAUAGUCUUCGCCAUACUGACUGUAGCUAUAGACUGUGACAUUCAGUAUUGGGUGAAUAAAAGAGGAAUGCUAUAUUGGAACCAAGUUAGGGUUAUUGCAGAUGAUUUAUGUAUAAUUAUUGGAUUUUGUUUGUUAAUUUCAAGGGGAGAUAACAAAAUAAAAACCGAUUAAACAUUUAUUUUCUCAUUUAUAAAAGUUUUGUUUCAGACCUCAGCUUUAUUGAACACAGUAUAUUUGUGCAUAUAUGACGCAUUACUUGAUUAUUUAUUUAAUAUUUCACUCAAAUUUCACUUAAAGUAACAAUUCUUAGUAAUUUAUAACCAAUAGUCUUUAGAUUUCAUUAGCACCAUUAUUUUCUAAAAAAAUUCUUUUUCAAAAUAAGGAUAAAAUGUUUGGCUUUAUUUUUACAAGUCAUUCUUAGACAUGUUUGGAACAGCGCCUAAAUAAUUGAGCCAUUUCCAAAUUCUGAAAAAAAAUCUAUUUUCUUUCUUUGUCCUAAAGGAUCCACAUUUCAUAUACAUGAUAUAUUUAUCAAUCAUGCUUAAAAAAUGCAAAGAAGUUAAAGCUACAAAGAUCAGGUAAAUGUAAAGCAUGAACAAAAUGAAAUGGAAAAAUAACCAACUUUACUAAAAAAAAAAAAAAAGAAGUGCAGUUUUCCGUAUUAUUUGUGCAUGUAUAUGAUUUGUCCAUUGUUCAGGGUAAUGAAGUAUUGGUAUAAUGAACCAAUUUCAGACACAACUACAAUAAUGAGUAUUUUUUGGGGGAAUAUUUUUGGCCCAUUUUAACCUGUAUGACUGUAAUUCAAGAAUUCAUGUUUUAAUGAACAAUUUUUGAAUGAUAACACUUGUAUACUACCAUUGAACACAUUAUGAGUUGAUUAUUUUCACAUUCAUGAUCAUGUCAUAAUUGGAAUGCUUGUUUUUGUUUGUUAUUCUAUCUCAUGAUUAUACGAAGGACAGUUAAAUAUCUUUUUAUGUUAAUAAAAACAUUUUAUACUUA